AUGUAUCUCCCGAGGACGCUUCUCUCGCAUCUCUACACCCAUCUGGUCCGCAACACCCAUCCACUUUCACCACCAGUCUUGAUCCUCGUAUCCCUCGACCCCGAUGCCCUCUGCGCGUGUCGAAUCUUCACAGCACUACUCAAACGCGACUAUAUCCCUCACAAAGUUCAACCGGUAGCUGGCUACAGCGAAUUGGCUGCUGCUGGCAAGGAUCUGGUGCUACCUUUGACGCGUCAACAUGGCGGCCAAGGUGGUAUUGUCGUCUGUUUAGGUGUUGGUGGCAUGGUUGACCUGGAAGAGAUGCUUGGUUUGGAUGGAGGCGAAGACCCGGAAACACAGAUGAAUAUGUACGACCAUGGUGUUGAGGUCUGGGUCGUCGAUGCAAGAAGGCCCUGGAACUUGCAAAACGUCUUUGGAACUGGUGCCAUGGCUCCACCAGAGGACGAGGAUACUGCAAUCACCCCAGCAAUAGCCAAGAGGAGGAGAGGUGUUGACGGAGGCAAACUCCUACCGUCUUACACACCAGGAAGAGGAGGAAUCAUUGUCUAUGACGAUGGUGAUAUUGAAUCAGAGUUGAACGCCGAGAAAGAAGCCUUCGGUGCUCUGCAAGACAUGCCCGACAUCGAUGAAGAUGUAGACGAUGAUGAUCUUGACGCAGACAGUGACGAAGAAGAUGCUGUCGAGGACUCACAAACCCGGAAGCGAAAGACAUGGAGUGAUGAUGAUGCAGAAGAAGAAGCCGACAGUGGUGACGAUGAUGGUGACAGACCGUAUCAAAGGCGGCGAAGUAAUUCGAACUCAUCAAUACCUGCCACUCCUAGAUCACCAUCAUUACGACAUGAACGACUAGAGAUGUCCAAUCACCCCUCAUCAUCACAGCUUGGGCCAGUCCCGUCAUCACCACCCCUACAACCCAGAGAGCCAUCAGCACGCUCACUUCGUCGCAAGCUUCUCAAGAUGAAGAGAAAGCACGAAGCCGUACUAGAAGCAUACUACUCGUUAGGAACAUCGUCGUCUGAGCCGAUAUCUUCAAUGCUGUACUCGCUUGCUUCUGAGCUUGGUCGUGAAGACAACGAUCUGCUUUGGUUGGCCCUGGUCGGUAUGUCUUCUACUGAGCUCUACGGCAGAUCGAAAACAACAAACUCCUCAACACGCCAGAACCCAUGGAAUUUGAGCCGAGGAGAUCAAAUUCGCGAUGUACUCAGAGAUGAAGUACGGCGUCUCAACCCUGUACCCGCUUCAGACAUUGCUAGAGAUAGAGCUGAAGCUGGAGGCAUUAUACCCACUCACGCACGCUCACCAACAGACACUUCGAUUCGUCUGUCACCAGAGCCACGCUUCCUUCUUAUCAGACACUGGUCGCUGUAUGAGAGUAUGCUUCACUCACCGUACUUGUCGUCACGGCUGCAUAUCUGGUCAGAUGCUGGACGAAGAAGAUUGCACAAGCUUCUGGCAAAGAUGGGUGUUUCUCUUGCCGAAGCUGAAAAGGGCUACACGCACAUGGACAUGGACCUCAAGCGUGGCCUUCGGGAACGCCUCCUGAAGUUUGCUCCUAUGUAUGGCCUUGAUGGACUGGUGCCCUCAGAAAACAGCCAUCUUCACAGACACGAAGGCUGGGGCUUUGUUCGCUCAUGGGGCUGGCAAGCGUGUCUCUCGGCCGUCGAUGUAGCCGUCAUCACGAGUGCCAUCCUUGAAGUUGGCACAGAACAGUCUUUUGACUUCAUCUCAGCAUCUACGCCACACUCCGAUUUCCGCAUGAAGGUUGUUUCCUCAAAUUACAAUGCACGUAUGCAAGCACUGCCCACACCGCCCACAUCACAUAAUGGCGACUCAUCACCCUCAGCAUCUCAACUCGAGCAUGAAGCCUCAAUCCUGGAUCCUGACUGGACAACUCAUCGUUUCUUUGCCGCUUACGACGCUUUGUCUCCUUCAUCAUCUGCUCUUCAACUGUUGCUGUCUCACGUACCUACCGCACAACAUCUUCACAGAGCUAUACUUCGAACCGGCAGUGCCUUGAUAUCAAAACACCAGAUCCGCCACUUGCGUGCUUUCCGCAUGGGUGUCGUACGCGAAGGACCAGACGUAGCCCUCUUCACUCACCCCGGUGCCCUCGUCAAGUUGGCAACCUGGCUCGCCGAAGCCAUUUCGGUGCUAGAAGCAGAAAAGGGAGCCAAACGCACAGCAGACAACGCACUCGUCCUUGCAGCUCUUGACGAACGCAGAGGUGUCUAUGUCGUUGUCGGUCUGGGCGGUGGAGACGCAGCAUCAGGCCGUGUCCGCAGCCGCGCAGAGCAAAAGGCCCGCGCCGACAAGAAAGCCGCUCGCGAAGCCAAAAAGGCCGAAAAGAAAGCCCAAAAAGCUGUGCUGCGCGCUCAACGCAAACAAGCAAGACGUGAGCGUGACGAAGCCAAUGGCAUUUUCGCCGAUGACUCUGACGAGGAAGAAGCUUCUGAUGCUGAAUCCCUUUCUUCCUCUGACUCUUCAGACUCAGACGAUGAUAGUGAGGAUGAAGAAGAGGCGGAGAAGAGAAAACAGAGGGGUUAUGGAAGUAAUAAGUUUGGCUCUGCGUUCCAGGAGGUUGUUGAGGAGACGGGAGCCAGAGUCCGUAUUGACUCUUUUGAACAUGAAGUUGUCGAGGUCAAGAAGGAGGAUUUGAGCGGCUUUUUGGAGGCAUUGAGUUUCAAGGGCGUUGUUGGGUAA